CUGCCAUUACUUACAUACAUACCGUCCUGGCAGUCCUCUUUCCAGUCUUACAUACAUACAACCUGCCCAUACAUACAUACGACAGCCACUACCACAGUUCACACCCCCCUCCUCCACUUCUGAAGGAAGAACACCCCUGCUGCCUGCUUAUCCUUGGCCAAAACGACCCGCGGGACGUGACUGUCGACUCACAUCAUCCUGCAUUUGUCCUCUCGUCUCCCCCCAUCCUCGUUCCGUCGUUUUAAAGCAACAGUCCUCGCUCACUCGUCUUUACAAAUGUCCACCAACCCCCACGAUCUCAGCGACCCUAAUCGACAGGGUCAGUAUCCACCACCUCAGUGGAACACUAGUCAACCCGAGGACAACCCUCCGGCGCACUAUCCGCCAGCUUCUCAAUACCCGUAUCCUCCGGCUUCCUACCCUCCUCCGUCGGCCGAUCACCAAUAUCCGCAUCCCCCGCCGCAGUAUCCAAACAUGGCUGCUAUCCAUCCCCACGUUCAGGGCCCGCAAGACCCAUACCGUCUUCCUCCUCCGCCUUCUGGUCCCUAUCGCCCAGACGUCUAUGCACAGCCGCCCCCACCACAACCUCAGGUAGUCUAUCAAGCUGCCGCCCCGCGUCAGCGGACUGCCAUUGCUUGCCGUUACUGUCGGAGACGGAAGAUUCGUUGUUCGGGAUUUGAAAGCUCUCAAGAUGGGCGCUGUAGCAACUGUAUCCGGUUCAACCAAGAGUGCAUGUUUACCCCUGUCUCAUCGCAGGCGCAAGCCUUCGUCCCCGCCCAUGCUGCGUAUCCACACCUGCGCAAUCCGCAAAACCAGAGAGCUGGCGGCCCUCCCGUCAUGCUAUAUGGAGCGCAUGGUCAGCCGCUCCCGCCUCAACAGCAACCUCAAGCCGACCCGACUCUUCCACCACCUCAAGGAAUGUACAACUAUCCGGGUGCCGCUCCCCCCCUUGCAUCAACCAAUGCGCCGGAGCACAGAACUGGUGGCCGUCGAGGCUCUGGCUCUGGUUACGACUAUCCCGAUCCUACAAACUUGGCUCCGGUAAUACCUUCAACCUCAGCAUCAGGAUACCAAACGCACAAUGCCCCCAGUCCCUACUACCCCCCUCCGCAGCAUGAUCGCCGCUCUUCUCCACAAAGUUACCCCUACGAUGGCCGCCAUACGUCUUCGCCCCACGGUUCGCCCUACCCUCCCAUGCAUUCUGCUCAGGGCGCAAUGACCCCUCCGCCCACUUCCACGCCGGGUGGUUCGACUCGUGGAGGACUCAAUGUGCGUGACAUGCUGAACCCAGGCGACAGCCAGGGUCGCUCCAGCACCGAUAGUGAUAUGCUUAAUGCAUUGAACCGUCGGGGUCUGAACCAAUAAACAUCUGCCCCGACAAUCUAAGUGCGCAUGUGAUCACGUACUGGAAGAGUCACAUGCAAAACUUGUUGCCGCGUGGAGGAGAGAGUCGAGGGUGGAAGUUGGGGCGGAAAUUGU